AUGACAGAAGGCAAAAUCCAAUUACCUCCCAGCGAUACGCCACCAACCUACGAUGCUGCCGCAGCUGAACAUGGCGCUACCCUACCAUCCAGACCAGCAGUUCCUGCUUCAGGAAAACCACCUCUGCCGCGCGUCCCGUUCCCUCUCGACAUCCCAGUGCUGAACCAAUUGCGAAGUCCUGGGAAGAGGUUAAUUCUAGCAUCUGCAAGUCCAAGAAGGAAACAGAUCUUGUCUACGAUUGGCCUCAACAACCUCGAAAUCCUCCCCUCCACCAAACCCGAGAACCUCUCCAAGGACCUCCCACCCUUCGAAUACGUCCUUCAAACCGCCGUCCAGAAAUGCCUCGACGUCUACAGCGUAGCAAUCGAGAACACCCUCGCAUCAAUACCUGACCCUUCCCUCGUAAUCGCAGCCGACACCGUGAUCGUUACCAACUCUGGGCGGAUAUUGGAGAAACCACGGAAUGAAAAGGAGCAUAUUGGCAUGUUGAAGAUGCUGAGAGAUCAGAAGGUACAUAAGGUGUUCACGGCUGUGGCGGUGCUGGCGCCGAGGGAGGAUGCCAAGUUUCCUGGGUAUAAUAUGGAGACGGCCGUGGAGGAGACGAGGGUUUUUUUUGCGAGCGAGGUUAGUGAUGGGUUGAUCGAGGCGUAUGUUAGGACGAGAGAGGGGGUAGAUAAGGCGGGGGGUUAUGGGAUUCAGGGUAUGGGGAGUUUGUUGGUGGAGCGGAUUGAGGGGAGUUGGGAUAAUGUCGUGGGGUUGCCGGUGAGGGUGACAUUGGGGUUGAUUGAGAGGGCGGUGUUGAAUCAGGAAGGGGACGAGAGUGGUGAGGAUGAAGAAGAGGAGUAG